UAGACAGUUCCUGGCCGAGCGUCUUCGCUUGGGCUGGGCAUCACCUUGAGACGUGUUCGGCGCCACAAGUGAGCAGUCCUGUCCCGGAGUGUCGGUCCUAGCCAUUACGUAACAAAGGCGCUGCGGCGCGGGGGUUCUGGCCUCUGUGGAUUCUACUUCCCCUGGCAAACAAACCCCAAGGAGGACUUAACCAUUUCUUGAAUUACUAAAUCAUGGCCCGGGGAUCAGUGAUGUUCAGUGAUGUAUCCAUAGUCUUCUCUCAGGAAGAGUGGGAAUACUUGGACUUGGAACAGAGGGACUUAUACAAAGAUGUGAUGCUGGAAAACUAUAGCAACUUUAUCUCACUAGGGUGCUUCAUUUCUAAACCAGAUGUGAUUUCCUUAUUGGAACAAGGAAAAGAUCCCUGGAAAAUUAUGAAGAAAGGAAAAAGACAAUAUUCAGAUUUGGAGACCAGGUGUGAGACCAAGAAGUUAUCUUCAGAAAAUGACAUUUAUGAAAUAAAUUUAUCCCAGUGGAAGCUAAUGGAAAGAAUUAAAAACCAUGGCUUUAAGGGCCUCAUUUUAAAAAAUGAUUGGGAAUCCAAAAGAAAAUUUGAAGGACAAGAGGGACCUCAAGAGGGAUACUUCAGUCAAGUGAAACUCACAUCUGAAAAAGUAUCCUCUUAUCAAAAGCGCACAUCUGUGACUCCACGUCAGAGAAUUCAAUUAGUGGAGAAACCCUAUGAAUGUAAGGAAUGUGGGAAGGCUUUUAAAGUACGCCAGCAACUUACUUUUCAUCACAGAAUUCAUACUGGUGAAAAACCCUAUGAAUGUAAGGAAUGUGGGAUGACCUUCAGACAAACUGCACACCUUACUCGACAUCAGAGACUUCAUUCUGGAGAAAAACUCUAUGAAUGCAAGGAUUGUGGGGAAGCUUUCAUGUGUGGCCCAGAUCUUCGAGUACAUCAGAAAAUUCAUAUUGGUGAGAAGCCCUAUGAAUGUAAAGAAUGUGGGAAAGCCUUCAGAGUUCGAGGACAACUUACUCUCCAUCAGAGGAUUCAUACUGGUGAGAAACCCUAUGUAUGUAAAGAAUGUGGGAAGGCCUUUAGACAGUAUGCACACCUUACUCGACAUCAAAAGCUUAAUAUUGCUGACAGACUGUAUGAAUGUAAAGAAUGUGGGAAGGACUUUUUGUGUGGCUCUGGACUUAGAGUACAUCACAAACUUCAUACUGGUGAGAAACCCUAUGAAUGUAAGGAAUGUGGGAAGGCUUUUAGAGUAAGACAGCAACUAACACUCCAUCAGAGAAUUCAUACUGGUGAGAAACCCUAUGAGUGUAAGGAAUGUGGAAAAACCUUUAGUCGUGGUUAUCAUCUUAUUCUCCAUCACAGAAUUCAUACUGGUGAAAAACCUUACGAAUGUAAGGAAUGCUGGAAGGCCUUUAGUCGUUACUCACAACUUAUUUCACAUCAGAGUAUUCAUAUUGGUGUUAAACCCUAUGAUUGUAAGGAAUGUGGAAAAGCCUUUAGACUACUUUCACAACUUACACAACAUCAGAGUAUUCAUAUUGGUGAGAAACCCUAUAAAUGUAAGGAAUGUGGGAAAGCCUUUAGAUUGCGCCAAAAACUUACUCUACAUCAAAGCAUUCACACUGGUGAAAAACCCUUUGAGUGUAAGGAAUGUAGGAAGGCCUUUAGACUCAAUUCAUCUCUUAUCCAACAUUUGAGAAUUCAUUCUGGUGAGAAACCCUAUGAAUGUAAAGAAUGUAAGAAGGCCUUUAGACAACAUUCACACCUUACCCAUCAUCUGAAAAUUCAUAAUGUAAAAAUGUAAGAAAAUCUUAUCAGUCCUAUGUUGUAGAACAUUCUAUGAAUGUAAUAAUCUCUUUUGCUUCCUACAUGUAGCUGACUUGGCGUAAGGGGUUUUAUACCAUUAAAAGGCUAUGUUGAUAUGUUCUACCAUCAUUUCAGCACAUUUGUUGUAACUGAUCCUAUUAAUAUAACAAUGUGGGAAAGAUACUUAUCUCUAUCCCAUCACUUUUUUCUUUUGGUUAUAUUGAAGAAGACACAACUGCUCCGUGCGGUAAUUUCUUCUUUGUAAAAUGAUGGUAUAAAACUGUAGCAAAAAUGGCUGCAAAUUCUUGACGUUGUUCCCAUUAACAGAUGGAGUCCAUAUUUCCUCCCUUGAAUAUGGGCAGAAUCUGUGACUGCUUUGUCCAGUAGAACAUAGUAGAAGUACUUCUGUGCCAGUUUCUGGGCCCAUGCUUUACUGGUAAGGUUACUUCAUCUCUUAAAACACUUUCUCAAGCUCUGAACUGUCAUGUAACAAAGUCUAGCAAAUGGAGAAGCCCUGAGAUUAUAUAUACAGGGAGAGAUACCUGAUGAAUCCAGUCUUCCAGACAUGCCCUUUAAGACACCAGAUAUUUGAUUGAAAGAGUUUUUGAUCCUCUAGACCAGCUGAUCACCACUGAGUAACCUCAGCUGACACCAUGUGGAAUAGAAGACUCAACCAGUUAAGUCCCUGCCCAACUCCUGAUGCACACAAUCAUAAAAGAAUUUAAAAAUUGGUUGUUGUUUUAAGCCACUAUAUUUUGUUUUAUUUAUUUUAUUCUUAAUAUUAAUCUUUUGAGAAUUCUCUUGAAAGACUAUGCUCAGUGGUUAAGCACUCCUAGGUUCAAUCCCUGGUACAAAAAAAAAAAAAAAAAAAAAAAA